AUGGGAGACCGAGAGAUGGAUAGAGUAUUUGGUAUUCAACUACAUAUUGCUACUGGGCUACUAUUCGGAUCUAUUUGGUCUGCUAAUCAAGGACUUCCUCUACCGGCACAUAUACUGCACGCUGGAAUUCAUGUAUACAUCUAUUUUGCUUCACCGAUCCAUAGGUACUUUGACGAGUAUGACAACGACUUAGUGGAUUGGGAUUGA